AUGCCUCCCGUACCCCCUCAGCGUAGACACUUGUCCUAUGAAGACCCGUCGCUUUCAGACGAAGAUGUCGGCCUUCUCUAUCAAGUUAUCACCCGCGCUGAGCGAGACCCAGAGGUGGAGCGCCUUCCAUACAGAGUGCUAUUCAAAGCGUACGAUGAAGUCAUCGCAGAACAUGGCGUGGAUCCAGAUCCAGGCUAUGCCUGCUUGCGCUUCUUACUCAAAAUGGGAAGCAAGAAUAUCUUAGGCGAUUCCCUCUUUGAGAAAUUCGAGAACCUACUUGAGCGGAUGGGAAUAGUCAUUGAAUUUGGUGAAGACGAAGAUGAAGGCAAUGACACUUAUGCGGACAGUGUGCCUUCAACAGAUGGCCGGCUCAAAGCGAAGGUCGAUCGUGACACCACUUACAGAGAAAGCACCACACAGCCCACCCCAAGGAGGCGAGCAUCGUUCAAUUCCAUGUAUGACGUUGGUGAUGACCCUACGCAAAGGAGUUUCGCCAAUCGCCCAAGUUCGCGCUCUUCCUUGUCCCGCCUGCCAAUGGACAAACCCGACUUCCCUAGUACCAGACCAUCACCAAAACGCGCGCUCACUAAGCAGGCUGAUUCGACUGACAGAACUCAGCUGAUUGCACAGUUUCUGGAUGUUGGACGCCGCCUUAUGAAUAAAAUGGAUCUUUUGGAUAGGGAUACGGAUAGACAAAACAACGAAGAUCAUGUCUCUAAUGGUGUACAGGCCAGGUCUGCUGUUGAUCGAGAUCGCUCAAAGAGGAUGGCCAAAGCCUCCCGGUCACGUACACGACGCUCAUUAAGCUCAGAAGGCUCUGACGGAGAUGCAGACAGUUCAUCCCUAUCUGCUGAAGGCGAUGACUCUGUAGAGAAGCCCGAAGUUCCACCGGAAUUGCUGUAUAGGCCAUCGCUCUCCGAUUUGCUACGCGAUGCGUCAACAUUUAACAUGUAUCGUCAACGUGCUAUUAACCGGCGGUUACUUACACAAUGGUUGAAGAAAGCCAUCCAAACUCGACAAAGCCACCAGCAUAUGGAAGUUGUCGCCAUUAAUCGCGACAGAGGCACGCUCCUUCGUCAAGCUUUCGAGACAUGGCAUUCGAUCAUUCAAACGCAACGGCGAGCAGCACAGACCGACCGCUUUUUUAAGCAUCUAGAAGAGCGCGCUUCCCGGGCCCGCGAUCUCUACCUCGUGACUAAAGCUUUUACCCACUGGGCGCAGGUCGCUUCGGAAGAAGUCGCAAGGACUUCCGCAGCACGAAAACACGUUUUAAGUGUUAAAUACUUCAACGCAUGGCGCGAAAUAACCGCUGUUAACGAGUUGAAAGCCCAAAGAUUCGCAUUACGGCGACCAUUCAAUAUCUGGAAGAGGAAGGUCGAUCAUAUAAAGGAUUCGGAGAAAGAGGUGGCUGUUGCCCAUGACAAGAAACUAUUACACGGCAUGUAUUGGAGAUGGUUCUGGUCUUUCUGCGAACGACGUGCUCCCCAAUGGUAUGACUAUUGCCUUAAGAGGCGGUCAUUGUUGUACUGGUUGCGGAAGUUCCGAACAAACAGAGAGCGCAAUCAUGAGAUAGAAGUCAAGAACAAACAUCUGGCGCUUAGUUCAGCAUGGCAAGUGUGGUCCCGAAGGUCUAAAGCGAUCGUUGCUGGCAAACAGGAGGCAACAAUCAAGCAGCGUCAACACCUUCUACACAAAACUCUUGGAGAAUGGAAAAUCCAAUCCCAUCUUGCCCCUGCCGCUUCUCGUGUGUCUGGCAUGGUUGAUCGACGAAUCCUCCAAGCCGCUUAUGUUCAGUGGGUAAAGCGGAUCCGAAUGCUGCAACACGCAAGAGAAAUGAACCGUCUGAGGAUCCUACGUAACUCGUGGACAACUUGGAAUGACCUGCUUCGCUGUCAGGCCCUCAGUGCGCGAAUUGAAGAACGGCUGAAAAUCGAAACGAUGUAUAAAUGGAUAUUGGCGGAGAGAUUCUCUCUUAUGCAGCGGAUUCGAGAUCAACGGAUCACGCGCGAGGUGUUUUCCAGAUUCGUAACCAAUGUUCGUCGAACCUACACUCGUCUACUUGACCAUGCCGAAGUACACGAAGAUCGUCGGAAUGAAGAGCUGCUAAAGGCCAAGCUAAUCUGCUGGCGCGAUCAGUUCGCGCUUCAGCGUCACCGAGAAUUCGUUGCCUUUGAAUUCUAUGCACCACGGCUGCUUCAAGAGUCGCUGAUAGCCUGGCGAUCGAAAUCGCAACACGUGAUCAAACUCCAAGGAUGGGCUAGCAAUGCACAGUUCUACUUCGCGGCUACGAAGACCCUGAAAAAGUGGCAUGCGGCCACAUUGGAGUCCUCUAAGCGGCGCCGCCAGGCAGCUUACGCGAAGACACGAAGAAAGGUCAAGAUGAACCUUGCUGCGAACGCUCUGGAAAACUGGCGUGCGAGGGCCCAUGAUGUAUUCGAUAUGGAUCAGCAGGCCUUGCAAUUUAGCCGAAGAAAAUCACUGAGCAUUGCGUCUGAACUCCUGCAACGAUGGCAUGACCAAAGUGCCAAGCGAACUCAAGAUAUUCACGAAGCUGAAGUCUAUCAUGCACGAAGAGUCGCUUACGACCAGUUGAUACGAUUGGCAGAGGCCUUAUUGGAAUGCCACCGUCUAAAUCAGCAAGCAGAUAGCAUGUAUCGCGUACAUAUUUUGGGGCAGGCGAACGUUUGCCUGCGCAGGCUUAGUCUCCGUGUUUUCCAGAUCAGAAGCACUAAUGAGACAGCGGAGGCUAUGAAAGAGAGGAAUUUAAGACGGCAUUCAAGAAGUAUGUUCCGCCACUGGUUGGAGAAGUUGAGAAUGAACCUUGAGGCUCGGGAUUCUUCGAGGCCUCUCGUUACCCCUGCACGAAACUUUGACGGUCCAGGUGGGAAUCUUAGGACAAAUCGCUCUGUAUUCGACCCUUGGGAUCAAACCGAGACGCCUUUCAAAUCCAACGGCUUUGUUGCAGAUACCCAGAAUGUCUCGACAACUCCAUUGACCACCCCUAACUACCUGACCUCGCCAUCCAAGCGGGCGGUACGGGCAAGGGCACUCGCACAGGUCUCUACGACUCCUGCAACACCAUUAUACACGCCGUUCGCCAGUCGACUUUUGCGUGCAGGAACUACGGCACCAAGAUCUGGUUCCCACCUACGAACCCGCAACGGUCGGGGCAGUGCUCUGGGCACGAGCGUUCGGUUCGUGGACCAGGAGCCAGAAUCACCUACGGACGCUAGAAGCGCAACGAGCGACACUCAACAACUACCCGCCUCUAUGCGAGCGGUACUGCCAGGGAGGCCCCGAGCGAAGCUCCAGUCUUUCAGCACCGCGCUGUGGGAUGGUCUCCGUGUCGUCGUUUACAUCUCCGGCCAUGCGCUGGUUAUCCUCGGCGGUCCCCACACGCUCCUACAAACCAUCUACGUCGACGAUGCCGAAUCCCUAGAAGCUGUGACGAUUGAUGAAGCUUCUGGCAAAAUUGCUGUGUGCGGCGGUCCGGAUGUUUUUAUCUACCAGCGUACGUGGUCUCUUGUCCAGACAUUCCGUUACGAGAACGACGAUGAGACGAUCCGGACCCUAUCAUGGGGCUCCCCUGACGAGCUGCUCCUAGGGAAUUCCCACCUUACACUGUGGUUUCUGAACGAUGUGGCGCGUCCGGUGUGGAAGCAGAAGCUCGCGAAUCCUGUCAAAUUUGCAUUGUUCUCUCCCGACUCGACUUUGGUGAUUACGACGGGAUACUACGACCGCCUAGUCAAAGUAUGGAGACGGCUGUCGUUUGGCGCGGACGAUGUUCGGUUCGAGGUGUCGUACCUUCCGCAUCCAGCAAUCGUGACGGGUGCCCACUGGCGUAAGCCAUUUCAUAAAGAGCAAUCUAUCGAUAAUGUCCUCUACACCCUAUGCGCCGACAGCAAGAUCAGGGUCUGGGCAAUGAUGGAACAUCACUCUCCAACCGCUCUACAACUAUGGACACAAAUCGACAUGGGCGCUUCUGUCCAACCAAGACAUACGGCGGACCAGAGGGAUAUGUCUCGACGAUAUGGUUUCAUCAUUGAUAGCAGAGACUUCUGUGUAGCUACGGAACGGGCAGUGCAGAGGUCUGGAGGGAACAAGGGAAACCAUGCUUUAGAGCAUAUAAUCGAAGUCGCCAAUAAAAGCCCUGAAAUCUGCGUUGUGAUAGAUGGCCAAGGCCACAUGUCAGCGUGGGCGCUCGAGGAUGUCGGCUCUAAAUCCAAGUCUGACCUGAACGCCUUCAACAUUCUCCAUGUAGAAGGACUGGAUUUCUCGUUCAUGCGGGGGCUGUCUGCGGAUGAAGAUUAUGCUCAAAUAUGUGCUUUUCAAAGUACACAGUUAGGUGAUUCGCUUUCCAUUCUUGUGCACCAUUUCGAUGGCCGUAUCGAAUGGUAUGAUUCACAAAUUGAUACAUUAUUCGAUCCGAGCCCUCGCAAGCACCGGAUUGCCCUGAAAGCAUCCUGGACAGGACACAAUGGCCCAGUUAAAAAGAUUGUCCGUAAUGCGAUCGGCGAUACUCUUGUUUCACGUACAGAUGAUAACAAGGCAAUGAUUUGGAAACAGAAACGAAGGAAUAGCGGGUCAAUGCUUAUCCGCAAAAGCGCCCUAUACUCAGAUGAACACAUUCAUCGCACGUGUGUGGUUGAAAAUGGGGAUUUCCUUGUCAAUCUCCAUCACAAUGGAAUCUCUGUCUGGGACCUGCGCUCUUUUCAUGCUAAGAAGAUUGCUGCGUCGACCUUUCAGUCAUCAAGCAAACCACUUUGUGUUCUCCCAAUCCCCACAACGGAAAAAGGAAUGGUAUAUAUAGCAACUAUUGGGGCUGAUAGGAACGGAAUAGCUUGGGAGAUCCGCCUCCCAACUGCAGCAAAGCAAGCGGACGGGGCACAUAAUUCCCAGUGCUGCUUACAGAAAUUCUGCACUUUCAACCUGGGCAUUGAGGAGGAUAUGUCAUACAUCUUGCCUGUUGACCCAGCAGGCCCUAAAGCUGAAAUGUCUGGAUUCUUCGAUAUAUUCUCUCCCGACAUAGCGUUAUCUUAUACCCGGGCAGGUACUGUCCAUACCUGGGCUGCUAAGGUCGAUAGAGAGAAGAGUCGGGUAGAAUGGCUAUUGACAUCAACAGUUGAAACGGGAAUUGCAAACCCAUCCCUUGCCAGUGGAAGCUCCAUUAGAAAAGCAGCUCUUGUGGACGAGGACCGUAGCCACUUAACUAUCUGGGAUACAAAUGGUGCGCAAUUGGAGUAUGAGGAGCACUUUGGCCAGAAAGAUAUCAUCCGUGACUUGGACUGGACUUCCACACCAGACAUGCAAUCCAUUCUUGCGGUUGGGUUUCCCCACAAAGUCAUCCUGCUAUCGCAGCUUCGUUAUGACUACCUUGAUGCUCGACCUUCCUGGACCCAAGUCAGAGAGAUCUGGAUUCGGGACCUAACACCUCAUCCUAUUGGAGAUUCCUGUUGGCUUAACAAUGGCCACCUUGUGAUCGGAGCGGGAAACCAACUUUUUGUGUACGACAAUGAGAUCGACGCCAACGAUCGUCUGGUGUCACAGCUUCGUAUUCCAUCGCGUCGCCAAGGUUUUGUAGACCUAUUCGAAGUUGUCAGUCGGUUGAAUGGCCCGUUGCCUGUGUUCCACCCCCAAUUCUUGGCUCAGUGUAUCCUCAGUGGCAAGAGUACUUUGGCGCAUUCCAUUUUGAUAAGGUUGCACCGGAAGCUCAAGUUCUACACUGAAGGCGACGACCUUGAUGGUUUCUUGGACAUGCCCCUGGAAGAUUUCUAUUUGGAACACGAUACCUCACAGAAAGCGUCGUCCAAGGAACUACAUUCCGCGUACGAAGAUCUCUCACUGGAGGAUGAAUCAUCUGUUAUGGAUGAGAACACCGCUGUUGCGCUCAAUGAAAAUUUAGCUAAGGUUGCUUUACCACAACUUUCCAGUCAAGAGCAAUUCCGCCUGGUUGAUACUAUCGAAUGUGUUGCCACUGUCGAAAAGCAUCGGCGCUCAAUGGAUGACAACGCUGCCCGCUAUCUGCUGUUUUUCCGGCAGCAUAUGCUGCGAAGAACACAAGGCGUCGCGAACAAAGAUAGAGUCUCCUGGAGAGAGAUCGUCUGGGCUUUCCAUAGCGGUAGCCAAGAUAUCCUUUUGGACCUUGUGUCGAGGCAGUUCGGCGGUAAGAUGGUAUGGAAGGCGGCCAGGGAGAGCGGCUUGUUCAUGUGGUUGUCGAAUACCACAGCUAUUCGAGCUCAACUGGAAGUGGUUGCCCGGAAUGAGUACACUAAAACAGAAGAGAAGAAUCCAAUUGACUGUUCGCUGUACUACCUUGCUCUUGGGAAGAAGAGCAUUCUCCAGGGCCUCUGGCGCAUGGCUCAAUGGAAUCGUGAGCAAGCUGCGACUCAGCGUUUACUUGCAAAUAACUUUCUAGAGCCUCGUUGGAAAACAACCGCCUUGAAAAAUGCAUACGCGCUGCUUGGGAAGCGCAGAUUUGAGUAUGCAGCUGCCUUCUUCCUUCUUGCAGAUCACUUGCGCGAUGCUGCUAUGGUCUGCAUCAAUCAAGUCGGUGAUCUUCAGCUCGCGAUUGCAAUUGUACGCGCCUACGAAGGGGAUGAUGGACCAGUGUUAAAGGAAAUCCUGGAAGAGAGGGUCUUGCCCGAAGCUGCCUCUGACGGAAACCGAUGGAUGGCUUCUUGGGCAUUCUGGAUGUUGGGCCGUCGUGAUAUGGCUGUACGCUCGCUCAUCUCUCCAGUUGAAACACUCAUUCCAUCCACACCUGCUUCUCCGGGAAGCCCCGGAAUGAUCCCACUACAAGCCAAAUCGUACCUAUCGAACGAUCCUGCCUUAGUAGUCUUAUACAAACAGCUUCGUGAGAAAACAUUGCAGACCUUGAAGGGUGCAUCUAAAGUCUCUGGUCCAGCUGAAUGGGGCUUCGUAAUCCGCAACGCGCGCCUCUAUGAUCGAAUGGGUUGCGACCUUCUCGCUCUGAACCUGGUACGCCAGUGGGAGUUCUUGGCCGAGCCUCCACCCGCCAAGUCAGCGAGGGAAGUAUCAUUUGACCUGCAGCAGAAUGGUGUUGAUUACCGGAAAAUGCUUCGACGACGAAGCAGUCUCGUGGUAGCAGACAUGCCAAUCAAAACCGGCCUGCCGCCAUCUUCGAAGGCACCCGAUGCGCCGAAGAAACCACAACCACCCCCGACCAUGUUCUAUGAGCCUGAUUCAAAUUCGCUACUUGAUAGCUUUGGGUUCUAGUCAAACACAAGUAUCUGUGCUUUGCAGCAAUCGGGCGUUGUCGGUAAUUCUUGUGUAUUGUUUUUGUGAUUAGCCAACUUUUCGUGUCGAUUUGGUGCUAUAUGUGUUUCCUCAGUGG